AUGAGGACAGGUCUCCCGAACACCUGCGGAGAUUUACAGAACGUACAAGAUCCGCGUAAAACCGCAGUGAUUGAUAUGGAGCUCUGUCGGCUGGGUGUAUCAUUAUGUGCCUUGCAAGAAACGAGACUGCCUGGUGAGGGAUCCAUUCGUGAAAAAAAUUAUACAUUUUUCUGGAAAGGUAAAGACACUGAAGCCGUUCGCGAGCAUGGUGUUGGCUUUGCGGUAAGAAACGACCUCCUGUCAUCCAUAGAAACACCACACGGUGUGUCGGAGCGUGUUAUGGUGUUGCGUCUAAAUACCAAGUGCGGUUUUAUUACAAUCAUCUCCGCCUACGCUCCAACGUUGAUGGCAACCGAUGAAGCCAAAAGUCAGUUCUACGACCAACUUGAAUCUGUGAUACAGAAAGUAAAACCCCGAGACCGCCUUUACAUCUUGGGUGAUUUAAAUGCUCGCGUCGGCCAAAAUCACAGUGCGUGGCCAGAAUGUAUUGGCACCCAUGGCGUUGGUAAGAUCAACGAGAACGGGCAACGCUUGCUCGAAUUCUCUUCAAGACACUCACUUUGCGUUACCAAUACCUACUUCAAGGGAAAGCCAUCAAGUAAGGUUUCCUGGAGACAUCCACGCUCUGGUCAUUGGCAUCAACUUGACCUAAUACUCACUAGAAAGAGCGACCUGGGCGAAACACUUCACACACGUACCUUUCACAGCGCCGAAUGCGAAACAGACCACUCCCUCGUCGUGGCGUGUAUUGCCGUCGUAAAAAAAAAGAUCCACUCAUCCAGGCCGUUCGGUAGAAGACGAAUUGCUCUUCAAAAUACCAGAGACGAUGAGAUGGUCCAAAAAUAUGAGACUUCGGUUCGCAGCGAAACCGCUUCCUGGGAUGCUUCUAUGUCUGUAGAUGAAGAGUGGAGUAAAGUCAAACGACUCCUAACAACAACAGCUUGUGAAGUGUUUGGCCACCAGGAUACUAAAUCACAGGACUGGUUUAUUGACAACAUCCAGCAACUUCAACCUCUGCUGGAUUCCAAACGUAAGGCAGCUCUAAACUACCGAAAAAACCCCUGUCCGAAAUCAUCCGAUGAGCUUAGAAUUGCUAAAGCAAAUUUGCAACGUAGUACGCGGCACUUUGUUAACGCUUACUGGAACGACCUCUGUAUGAGCAUUCAAUCUUGCGCAGACACGGGUAAUUUUGGCGGCGUUUACUCAGGAAUCAGAACCGCUUUAGGGCCAGUUAUUAAGAAGACAGCUCCACUAAAAGAAGCUGAUGGCACUAUUAUAUCAGAUAGCCUGAGGCAAAUGUCGAGAUGGGUGGAAUAUUACACCGGUCUAUAUUCACAACCAGUGGACGUUCAGCGGGAGGCUGUGCAUAACAUGCCGAAACUGGCCACCUGGGAGGAGCUAGACGAUCCGCCUACUGUAGAGGAAUUGCUCAAAGCUGUCAAGCAGCUAAAAUGCGGCAAAAGCUCCGGCAGCGAUGGCACCCACGCCGAAAUAAUCAGACUCAAGUGUAUAUUACCUGUUCUGCACAAUCUAUUGUGGAAAUGCUGGGAAAAAGGAUACAUACCGCAAGAUAUGCGCGACGCUAACAUCAUAACUUUAUAUAAGGGUAAAGGCGACCGCGGCGAUUGUAACUGCUACCGUGGGAUAUCCUUACUAAGCAUAGUAGGCAAGCUUUUUUGA